GGGGAGGGGUGGUAGGAGAGCUGGCCGUGUCGGCGGCAGUGGCGACGACGGGGCUGGCGGGGGAGGCAGAGGCCGAGGAAGAGGAGGAGGAGGAGGAGAAGGAGGAGGAGGUGGAGCGAAAGAAAGUUUGCUCGGAGGAAGCGCGUAGCGCGAUUGGCAAGAUGGAGGAAAGUCAGCUGUUGAUGACGGAACUUCCGGCAUUAACGCCGAGCCGCGGCACGACGCUGUUGCAUCGUCCCGGUCACUUUUAUCAUUUGCAUCAGCCGCACUUGGCGAUACCGAGCGCUCAGAGCCAAACGAGCCAGGCGAUACUCCAUAACUCGUCGAGCGCGCCGCAUUACAAUAGCGGGGCGACCAGUUUGCCGGCGUACGUUCAAGGUAUAUCCUCGAGACAGCUGCCUCACGUACCGCGUAACGUCGCCUCGGCCAGCACGCAUAUAUCCUCCCUCUAUCCGGAGAUAUUGGCGUUGAUCUUUAGUUACUUGGAUGUUAGGGACAAGGGUAGGGCGGCACAGGUGUGCACCGCAUGGAGAGACGCCGCUUAUUACCGAUCGGUCUGGCGAGGGGUCGAGGCUAGGUUACACCUGAGGAAACAGGCACCGGCGUUGUUCGCCAGCCUUGUAAGGAGAGGAGUUAAAAAGGUACAAGUGUUGUCCUUGAGGAGAGGCCUCAGCGACGUAUUGAAGGGCGUACCAAAUCUCGAGGCGCUCAAUCUAUCCGGUUGUUACAACAUCACCGAUUCCGGCCUGACCAAUGCCUUCUGCCAAGAAUAUCCGGCAUUGACCGAACUCAAUCUUUCCCUCUGCAAGCAGGUGACCGACGCGUCCCUCGGCAGGAUAGCCCAAUACCUUAAGAAUCUCGAACACUUGGAGCUCGGCGGUUGUUGCAACAUAACCAAUACCGGUCUGCUCCUGAUCGCGUGGGGUCUUAAGAGAUUGAGAAGGCUAGAUUUGCGAAGCUGCUGGCACGUGUCCGAUCAAGGUAUCGCCCAUUUGGCCGGACUCAAUAGGGAAACGGCCGACGGGAAUCUCGCGUUGGAACACCUAAGUCUCCAGGAUUGUCAGAGGCUCAGCGACGAGGCGCUCAGGCACGUAUCGAUCGGCUUGACCACCCUCAAGUCGAUAAAUCUCUCCUUUUGCGUCUGCAUCACCGAUUCCGGGGUGAAGCAUCUAGCGAGAAUGUCGAGCCUACGUGAACUCAAUCUUAGAUCCUGCGACAACAUCUCGGACAUCGGUAUGGCCUAUCUCGCCGAAGGUGGAAGUAGGAUAUCGUCCUUAGACGUAUCGUUUUGCGACAAAAUCGGCGAUCAAGCACUCGUACAUAUUUCCCAGGGUCUCUUCAAUCUAAAAUCCCUAUCGUUAUCCGCUUGUCAGAUUAGCGACGAGGGUAUAUGCAAGAUCGCGAAGACUCUACACGACCUAGAGACUUUGAAUAUCGGUCAGUGUAGUAGGUUGACGGACAAGGGACUUCAUACCAUCGCCGAGAGCAUGAAGCACCUUAAGUGCAUCGAUCUCUACGGAUGCACGAGGAUAACGACCAAUGGCCUGGAGAGGAUUAUGAAACUACCGCAGCUGAGUACCUUGAAUCUUGGUCUCUGGCACGUGCGGUGAUGGCUUUCCAUUAACACAUUGCCGCCCAGUAAAUUACCAAUACGCGAUUUACCGGCCGAAUCUUGCCUACGAGACGAUGACGAUGACGACGACGAAGACUAUCGCGACGACACGUAGUAUUCGUCCUCCUUAAUACUUUAUAUUAAUAACUACACCAUGCGUAUCCUAUAUGAUCGAUGAUCGCGAUCAUAUUCCAAAUUCGACGAUCAUUGAGAAUAUUGGAAGCUCCGAAUUACCGUUUGUCUUUCUCUUUCCCAUUUUCUUCAUGAUCUAUCUCUAUCUCUUUCUCUCUCCCUCUAUCGGACGGCAAUGUGUUGAGAACGUUCGAGAUCCGUGGAACUCGCGGUGCUGCUUGGCCUGGUUCUUUACCUAUAUAAAUCUGACGGAGGACGGAAAAGUCGUCGACACGAUGCACAACAACGCGACAACGGCAACGACCAUCAUCCCCGAUUUGCCGGAUCUCGAACGCGUUAGGCGAGUCGUCUCUCCUUCCCUCCCUUCCCCUCUCUCUCUCUCUCUCUCUCUCUCUCUCUCUCUCUCUCUCUCUCUUUCGCGUUAUAAUAAUAAUAACACCUUUACCGUUUACUACGACUUCCUUUAAACACGACCUAGACUUUCUUCCUAUGGAAAUAACCAGACAAAUUUCUUGGGUUGCGCGGCUUCCGAACGAGAAACCAACGAAACGAACGAACGAACGAACGAAAAGAGAUCGUCUCGAUCUUUCCUACCUGCUUGUAGAUCUUUUCUUUAUACACACACACACACACACACACACACACAUAUUUCUUUUUUUCUUUUCUUCUCCUCUCUUUUCUUUUCCUUUCCUUUCUUUUCUUCUCUUCUCUUUUUUCUUUUUUCCUUCUUUGUUCCUUUCCUUUCCUUUCAUUUUCUUUUUAUUCUUUUUUCUUUUUUCUUUUUCUUUCUCCCUUUUGCUUCCGCCGAUCCUCCUUGCCAAACUUCGAUAAGCUCCCUUGAAAAAGAAGAAGAAGAAGAAGAAGAAGAAGAAGAAGAAGAAGAAACCUAUUAUCGAUCGAUCGCCAUCACCGUACAUCGCACGAAUAUACGUAACUAGAUUUGAA